ACAACGAACGACCUAACCUCUGAUUAUAAAAUUUUAUAAAUAUAUUAACGAUAUAGUUAAGAAGUGCAAAACUACAGUCUUCAGCAUUCUACUGUGGCAAAACUAUGUGAAAAGUAUUAGAGGAACCUCAAUAAGUGAUUGACUCUAGCGAGAACAGUAUAAUAUUGACAGUAAAAAAUUUUAUUUUCAAUCUACUCUAGGAGCUAUAUUCCUAAACAAAUUAUGACUGACUCUCAAGAAAAACGACAGUUUACCAGCGAAGAAUGGGCCUACCUGACGAAAUACUUCAUUGGAAACAACUACAGAUACAGGGAAAACAUAAUAAUACCUAAAAGUCUCGGACCUGUCCAAAUCAAAACGAAUGAAGAGAAAAUGGUCGAGUCUUUCUUUGAAAGCUGCGCGUUCAAAUCUGCCAUGAGUUGUGUAGUUGGUUAUGGACUAGGCGCAGCAAUAGGUCUUUUUUCAUCUAGUAUGGGUCCAGCUUCUGUUACGGACACCGCAGAGCCCCAGACAGCCCGUCAGGUAUUCAGAGAGAUGAAAACUACAACUUUAGGUUACGCCAAGAAUUUUGCCCUGAUUGGAGCCCUAUUCUCGGGAGUUGAGUGUGCUAUAGAAUCAGCUAGAGGGAAAUCAGACUGGAAAAAUGGCACCUAUGCUGGCGCUGUAACAGGAGGAAUGAUUGGAUUAAGAGCGGGAGUCAGAGCAGGUAUUGUUGGAGCCAUGGGUUUCGCAGCAUUUUCCACAGCCAUCGACUAUUAUAUGCAUUCAAGGUUUUGAGAAAAUAGUUGAUCCUGUUUAUGCCAAUGGUAGUUUCCAUGCAAUUCACCUCACUGCAGACAUCCUUUUUAUUAUUGUCGACUAAUUUCGAAUGAGGACAUGGGAUGUAAUUAUUCAAUGAAGCAAAUUCAACUGUCUAGGAAAUAAAAGAUGUAGACCACUUCUUGAAGUACUUUUUUAAAUUGUAAUUAUAGUAGUUAGUUAAAUGAAUGCCUGUGGAAUAAUUGGGUGGUUAAAUAAAUUAUAUUCAUUGUU